AUGGACCUCCCAAUCGCGCAGCGUUCAGUCAACAGCACGUUUUUGGCUCAACCGCGCCUCUUCAACUCAUCGGCUCAUCUCUCGCCGCGCGUUUUCCUCCCUGUACACCUCCAGCAGCGCAAGGUACAACUCUUCUCCCAGUACCUCACACCCCCUCGAAUGGAGUCCACGGUACCUCAUGCGGUCGGUAACAAUGGUUCUCCGUCGAUAGCCAUAGCUCAGGGGGGAAGAAUUGGAGAGGUUAAGAGGGUUACCAAAGAGACGAAUGUCAGUGUGAAGAUCAAUCUGGAUGGCAGCGCCACAGCUGAAAAUAAUACGGGGAUUCCGUUUCUUGAUCACAUGUUAGAUCAACUUGCUUCUCAUGGGUUAUUUGACGUACAUGUAAAAGCCACUGGGGAUAUUCAUAUUGAUGAUCACCAUACUAAUGAAGAUGUCGCACUGGCAAUCGGAACUUCUUUGCUGCAAGCACUUGGUGAUAGGAAAGGAAUUAAUAGGUUUGGAGACUUCUCGGCUCCUCUUGAUGAAGCACUUGUACAUGUUUCACUGGAUUUAUCCGGAAGGCCUCAUUUGAGUUAUGAUUUGCAUAUACCAACAGAGAGAGUUGGAACAUACGACACACAGUUGGUGGAGCACUUCUUUCAGUCUUUAGUCAAUACCUCUGGGAUGACACUACACAUACGACAGCUUGCUGGGAGGAAUUCUCAUCACAUCAUUGAGGCAACCUUCAAGGCCUUUGCAAGGGCCCUUCGGCAGGCAACGGAGUACGAUUCUCUCCGUGGAGGAAGUGUGCCAAGCUCGAAAGGUGUCCUCUCGCGCUCGUGA